GGGAAGUGCCGGAGCCGCAGACCGCGCACUUCCGGGAGGGGCUCGGGCUCCCCCGCCAUGGCCUCCCGCGGCCCGUCCGACCUGCCGGACUUCGGCCUGCUGAAGCGUCUGGCCCGGGACCAGCUGGUCUACCUCCUCGAGCAGCUGCCCGGCAAGAAGGACCUCUUCCUGGAGGCCGACCUGAUGAGCCCGCUGGACCGCAUCGCCAACGUCUCCAUCCUGAAGCAGCACGACGUGCACAAGCUCUACAAGCUGGAGAAGAAACCAGCGCGCAGCUCCAGUGACCAGUUAUGCUUCCUGCUCCGUCCACGACUCACGAGUGUCCGGCUGGUGGCAGAAUUGAUCAAUGCUGACAAAGCAGCAGGUCGGGUGCGCAAGUACAAGAUCAUCUUCAGCCCGCAAAAGUUCUACACAUGUGAGCUGGUGUUGGAGGAGGAAGGGAUCUAUGGUGAUGUGACCUGGGAUGAGUGGUCCUUCUCCCUCCUCCCUCUGGAUAAUGACAUCAUCAGCAUGGAGCUGCCCGAGUUCUUCAGAGAUUAUUUUCUGGAAGCGGACCAGCGGUGGAUCAACACAGUGGCCCAGAGUUUACAGCUGAUGAACUCUCUCUUCGGCCCAUUCACUGAGACUUACGGAAUUGGGCGGUGUGCCAAGAUGGUCCAUGAGCUUUGGCGUGACAUAGCAGAAGAGAGCGAGGUUGACAACAUGGAUCGGAAGCCAGAGAUUAGCCAUGUCUUCCUUAUAGACAGAGAUGUGGAUUACGUUACAGCCCUUUGCUCUCAGGUGAUCUACGAAGGCCUGGUGGAUGAUACCUUCCGCAUAAAAUGUGGAAGUGUGGAUUUUGGUCCAGAUGUUACCUCCUCUGACCAAAGCAUUAAAGUCCUGCUGAAUUCCCAAGACAAGGUGUUCAGCGAAAUCCGCAAUGAGCACUUCUCCAACGUGUUUGGUCUCCUGAGUCAGAAGGCACGGAACCUGCAGGCCCAGUAUGAUCGACGACGGGGAAUGGAUAUUAAGCAGAUGAAGAACUUUGUCUCCCAAGAACUGAAGGGCCUGAAACAAGAACAUCGCUUGCUGAGUCUCCAUAUUGGGGCCUGUGAGUCCAUCAUGAAGAAAAAAACUAGACAAGAUUUCCAGGAACUGUUGAAGACAGAACAUGCUCUUCUGGAAGGGUUUGAUAUCCGGGAGAGCAUCAGCUUCAUUGAAGAGCACAUUGACCGGCAGGUCACCCCGAUUGAGAGUUUGAGAAUAUUGUGCCUGUUGUCGAUCACGGAGAAUGGACUUUCUCCCAAGGACUACCGCUCCCUGAAAACCCAGUACCUGCAGAGUUAUGGACCAGAGCACCUGCUGACCUUCCAUAACCUGAAGCACUUGGGGCUCUUGACAGAGCAAGUGUCCGGUGAGACUCUGGCGGCUAUGGAGAACAAAGUCAGCAAGCUGGUGACAGAUAAAGCGGCAGAGAAGCUCUCGGAUGCCUUCAGUUCACUGGCCAGGAAGAACAAUUUCCGAGCUAUAAGCAAGAAGCUGGGUCUGAUCCCACGUGGGAAUGGAGAAUACGACCUGAAAGUUCCCCGGGACAUGGCCUACGUGUUCAGUGGCGCCUAUGUGCCCCUCAGUUGCAAGAUAAUAGAACAGGUGCUGGAGCGGAGGGGCUGGCUGGGCCUGGAAGAGGUGGCGAGAUUGCUCGGGGGCCAUGAGUUUGUCACAGCUACAGAAGAGCCUCGACCUCCAGCCUCCCAGCAAGUCAUCCUGGUAGUCUUCUUAGGAGGUUGCACCUUCUCUGAGGUUGCUGCUCUCCGCUUCCUUGGCAGAGAAAGAGGGCUCCGAUUCAUAAUCCUGACGACGGCCAUCACCAACAGUGCUCGCCUGCUGGAAUCUACCAUGGAGAUGAGGAUGUGACCGCAUCUGAAGCAAACUGGAGGCAAAGGGAUGCUUGAAAAUACCUUGGUUCUUCUGCCCAGCCAGGGAGAAACUGUAUUCCCACCAGCUAAUCACCAUCAUUUACCCUCCCAGGUGCAGAGAGCACCUUUCCCCUUCUGGUCUUCCAUUGGGUGGGAGCUGCUGGGAUUUCUCUGUUGGAGUUUAUUAGUCCAAAAGUGCUUCUUUGGAAACAGGAGCUUUCCUUGGGAGAGAAAGUGUCUAGCAAGGCAGAGAAGUGUGCAGCAGUGAAAGAAAAUUAGAAUCUUUAGUGAAAGGAAGAAAGCCCACAAUUUCAGACAGUUCUUUCCUGCUCACCCAGGAAAAAUGAAGAAAAAUCCUUCAUAGACUAAAAACAAAACCCAAGUGGCCCAGGGUCCUGCCCCCCCCCCAAAAAAAAAUAAAAAAAAAUUUCAGCCUUCAGCUAUCUGGAAACUUUUCCUGCAAUAAAUGGGUCCAUGUAUAAUGCACAUAAACAUCUUACAGGAAACCACAGGAAUAAAACAAAAUAAAAGAUUAAUUCAUGUAA